AGUUUCUAGAUGGUGAUCUGAAACGCGUUAAGGAAAGACAUGCUUAACUUGCGAAGAAAUUCCCCUAUGCUAUCCUGGUUCUUUCACUGAGAUUUUCUUUGUUGCCCACGAACAACAAUUUGGUUAUAUAUCUCGUUCUCUCGCUGUAUUUAACAUCUCUAAGAUUUGCUUUGGUUCAUAUAUUCAAUAUGGGUCAGGCUAAUAUAACCCUUCCUAUUUUCCUAGUUAUUUUGGUUGCAAGCUCUGCCUUAUCUGAUUAUCCUCCAAAAAACCCAGAUAUGAUCUUGGGGGACAAACUGGAUUCCCUGCCUUAUUCAAGACUUGGCGAGGCAAGCAGUCCAUGGCUGCUGAGCGUGCAAUCAGAUCUACCUGAACCAACCUUAUCAAUGCUUGUGGGUGGUAAGGAUGAUGAAGAUGCAGGCCCAGGCUUUCUAGAACAGCCUUUACUGCCAUCAACGGCAAUAGAGGCUAAUGGUGGUGCUGCAGGAAGUGGCGGCGAUGGAGAAAGCAACCUGGGAUCAAAGAAGGUUCUUCGCAGCCUGGUGAUGAUCAUGCUGAUUUUGCUGAUGAUCGUUGGAGAACUCUGUGUUCUUCCAUCCAGGAAAGAAACACGCGCUGUUGAUUCAUGGGCAACCAUGAGUUUCCACCAUUUGAGCUUCAAGGAGUAUGAUAUAUUGCAGUGUCUGGAAGGGAGCCCUGAGCAGCAUCCUAAAGUAGUUGUACUUGGCCGUGUUGAUAAAGGUAAUGGAAGAGGCAGUGGCACAGGUCAAGAUGGAACCAAAAGAUUCGCCAAAGGAGGGAGUAAUGGUGAAGAGGAAGAGGAAAGUGGGCGUGGAAGUGCAAGUGUUGGGAGAGAUGAAGGCGGAGGAGGUGAAGGAGAAGGCGAAGGUGGAGAGACUGGUGGAGGAGUGGGUGGAGGGAGAGGCAGAAGCGGUGGAGGAGGUGGAGGUGGAGGUGGAGACGGAGAUGGAGAAGGAGGCGGAGGCGGAGGUGGAGAUGGAGGUGGAGGUGGAGGUGGAGGUGACGUCGAAGGCAGAGGUGAAGAUAGGAACCGUAGACCAACUGUGAACAUAAACAAACUAGCCAUGAUGUCCAUCACAGUCGCAGCCCAAACAUCUGCUUCUGUCAUUGUUUACCAUUUCACUGGAAAAUCUUGUUCCGACAAGGUCUUCCUAGUUUGUGUUGUGGUUGGUAACUUGGUGGGUUAUCUUUGUUCCAUCACUGCUGUCUUGCUAACCCAUAGGAAGCCACGGAUUGCUGGAGUUUUUGGACUGAUAGGAUCUACUGCUGCUGCCACUGGGUUCUUAUUAAUGACAGCUAUGUUCCUCCCUAGCUAUCUUGUUUGGAUUGCUGGCAUCGCUUGUGCUGCUUUGAUUUUCGUCGUUUCCUUGGCAUUCAAAUCAUGA